AGGGACCACGUCAGACUUGCGUCGUCCUGCUGAUGAAAACGCCCACAGACGACGGCGCGCGCCACGAUCUUCAACUCAGACACCCCUGAGGUCCAUGCCCAUCCAGGCUGUGUAUACAGCGAAGGAAAUUGAACAGGGCAUUCGCUCCAUAAGAAAUGCCGAUGCUGAAAUUCCCUCCUCACACGAGCAGAGGUUGGCGGCAGUCCCUGCACCUCGGCUGUCCAAUCCGGCACUACUGACGUCACUGCCCACCCCUCGGCUGUCCAAUCCGCCACUACUGACGUCACUACCCACACCUCGGCUGUCCAAUCCGGCACUCCUGACGUCACUGCCCACAUCUCGGCUGUCCAAUCCACCACUCCUGACGUCACUACCCUCACUACGGCUGGCCAAUCCGCCACUCCUGACGUCACUGCCCACACCACGGCUAUCCAAUCCGCCACUCCUGACGUCACUGCCCACACCACGGCUGUCCAAUCCGCCACUCCUGACGUCACUGCCCACACCUCGGCUGUCCAAUCCGGCACUUCUGACGUCACUGCGCAAACCCUGGCCGUCCAAUCCGCCACCCCUGUCGUCAUUGCCCACACCUCAGCAGGUUUUACAGUUUAUGAGGCAGCAAAGAGCCAGUAUGUAUGGUGAAGCAGCCGCACGUCAGGAGUCUGGCAACGUACAACAGCAGACGUCACUGCCCAUGCCUAUGACGUCACCGCUCACAAUACAGGGUCUUCAGAAGAGGAACAACAACCAGCUGCAGGCGGGACUUAACGACAGACCGCCACCAUGGGAACCACCUAUUGCAGUGGGGUCAGCGACAGCAUGGAUGCCGAUACAGGGCUACCCAAGUAUGGGCCGUGAAGCUGCUGUACGUCAGGAGUCAAGUGACGCACGACAGCAGGCGUCACUGUCCACUCCAAAGGCGUCACCGUUCACAACACGUCAGAAGAAGAAGGAGAGCAACAACAACCAGCCGCAGGCGGGUCAAAAAGGCAAACCAAGGAAACCACCCGUUGCAGUGAAAGCCGGGAAAACCGACAACUUGGGCCCAGCGACAGCAUCCACAGGUCGCUCCAGUACCAGAACGGCGAUGGCUGUACCAUUGAUGGCGCCACCGUCAGAUAUGAACAACAACACAAUCACGGCACCAGCGACACCAGCUUUGCCGGCAGUGUUGCCAGACAGGAUUCCUCUAGAAGACGCCAUUAGACUGUUAGUUGGAACUGAAAGCAAAGAUGACCCAAGUCGCCAUGUGCAUGUGGACAGCCCAAUGGCAACAACAGCAGGAUCCUCCACAAGCGCUUUUCCCAAGAAGCAAGGUCAGAGCAGCCCAGCUACCAGUACUGGCAAAAUGGGACAAAGCAAUGGAAGUAGCUCCUUGAACCUCCUGCCAACCAGCCAGCCGACUCGUUUUGGCGACAAAAGGCCUAAGAAGCGUGCGUGCAUCGGGACAGAUACUAAUACAGGCAAACGGUUCAAGCCGCAGAGUAACCUCGCGUCAAUGUACAAUACGUGUGAGCCUGUCGACAUUUCCGACACUUCGUACAACGUGAAGGAAGACGACGGCGUCGACGGCUACGAGACGCCGUGGAACUUCGGCGUCACCCCUAACCUAUCCCUGAGCCGCUCAGAGGGCGGGCUGUGGCACUCCUGCAAGCCGGUGAAGAGCUUGAGCAGACCGCCGCCUCUCCCUCCGUUAUACCGUCCCCGUCCCCCGGGGCUGGAGCACGUCCAGGACAGCCCUCCCCCGACCAGCCCGGGCUCGCCGCGCCACCCUAGCUACCCGCUCCGCUACGGCGCCACGGGGAGACGCAAACCGAUGAAUCAUUACCUGACGCCGUACCACAGAGUAGGCGUUCUGGAGCACCCCGGCUCCCCGUUACAGUCCACCUCCACAUGUCCCGACCACAUGGUGGCCAGGUACCAGAACUACCUGUGGAUCGAGCCGUACGACUGGACCGACUCCGGGUUGUGCGACAUGGUUGACGCGUCAGUCGACUCGGCUGUGCCAAACAAGCAGGAAGAGGGACAACAUAAUGACGAUGCGAUGGACAUUUGCUAAACAGACUAUCAAGUAAAAAAGGCCAAAAAAAGAUUUUAUUAGCGCUAUUUAUUUUGUAUGAUUUUCUUUCGGGGGAGGGGGGGUUUAGAAUCAUUUCCCGUUGACGAUAUUAUUCGAUGGCAUUUGUCUCUAAAAAUGCCACACCACCAAAUGUUAGCCAAACUGUGGCAAACAACAUCGUCAACAAAACUGUUUGGCCGUACUUUCGGGACCUUAUCAAAACCUGAGCUACACAUUUUGGUUUCAUUAUGUUAUUGUAUUGUAGCUUAUAGGAAAGGAACAAAUGUUAACACAUGUCAACGCGGCUAUGUAUGUGUCCUAACUAAUGAAAUGUGAGAUUCAACGUAUACCACAUUUUACGUGUACAGUAUUUGUGACCUGUGAUUAAAAAAGGCACUUUUCAUUA